UUGUUUUUUUUAAGAUCACGCGAAUACCAGCUGAACGACUCUGCUCCAUAUUACCUGAACUCAUUAGAACGGAUCGCUCAACCAAAUUACAUCCCUACACAGGACGAUGUACUGCGUACUCGAGUCAAAACGACUGGUAUCGUCGAGACUCACUUUACGUAUAAAGACCUGCAUUUUAAAAUGUUUGAUGUUGGUGGACAGCGUAGUGAACGGAAAAAGUGGAUCCAUUGUUUUGAAGGUGUUACUGCUAUCAUUUUCUGUGUUGCAAUGAGUGAAUACGAUAUGGUGUUAGCUGAGGAUGACGAAAUGAACCGCAUGAUAGAAUCCAUGAAGCUGUUCGAUUCAAUUUGUAAUAACAAAUGGUUCACGGAAACGUCUAUCAUCCUAUUUUUGAACAAAAAAGAUCUUUUUGAAGAGAAAAUUAAGCGAUCUCCGUUGACACGCUGUUUCCCUGAGUACACAGGUGAGCUCACCAAGUUUUUUUUAUGGUUUCUCUUUUUUUUAUCGCUUUGA